CCUAUUUUCUGUUAUAAAAAACAGGCAGAAGAAAAACAAAGCAAAAAUAUUCUCUGUUUCUUCUCUCAUGAGCGGAGUGCGGUUACAAGAAAUUGUUUCAGGUUUGUUUAAAUACUCAGUUUGAUUGAUUAUGUCGUGAUUUCUCUGCUCUGUAAUAGUUAAAAUUGAUCUGAUGAUCCAUCAGAGCUUGAGUUAGGGUUAGGGUUAGGGUUUUCUCUUUCUUUCUGUUUUUGCAGCAUUUGCUUGUGUACAUGUUGGCCAUUAGGGCAGUGGGAAAAGGCAUUGGAGGAAAGAGAGAAACAUGCAUUAGGGUUUGAAUACGCCAGAGUGUUUUACUGUAAAGGUUUCUUCUCUUUUCUAUUCUUAGCUGGUAGGACAAAUUUAGGGCUUCAUUAAAGCGGCAAAGACAAGCAAAGCAGUCUAUUAGGUUAGAGCUUUAGGGGUUUUCGGAGCAAACAGUUUUCUUGGAUUGGAAGAAUUUUCGACAUGGCUGCAUCAUGGGCUGAUGCUGUAGCGAAUGAAGACUUGACUGGUAAAAAACCUAAUCGUGGUUCUAGGGAUUCUUAUGUGCCUCCUCAUCUUCGAAACAAGCCCCUCUCUGCUGAAGCAGCCCCUUAUACUAGCCCUAAUGCCAACCCUCAUGGUGCUUCUUCUGCUAAUGUACCUGCAAAAGUUGUAGGUUCUGCUUCCCCUUUUGAUAAUUGGCCGGGCUGGGACAUGGCGAACAUAAGCCCUAACUAUGGUAAUUACGGUAUUGUGGACAAUGUUCGCAACAAUCGCAUCAACGGAUGGAGCAAUAAUAGUAACAGGCAAGGGAGCUGGGAUCAUCGGGGUAGAGAGAGAGAGCCUUACCCAUUCGAGAAAGAGACUAGAGGUAGAGAAAGAGAGCCGAACCCAUUUGAGAAGGAGAGUGUUGAUAACGAAAACACAGGUAUUAAUUUUGAUGCCUACGAAGAUAUACCAGUUGAAACAACAGGAGAGAAUGUUCCUCCUCCCGUGAAUACUUUUGCAGAGAUAGAUUUGGUUGAGGCUCUUAACCAAAACAUUAGGAGGUGCAAUUAUGUGAAACCCACACCAGUUCAAAGACAUGCGAUCCCAAUCUGUUUGGCAGGUAGAGAUCUCAUGGCAUGUGCUCAGACUGGUUCGGGUAAAACAGCAGCCUUUUGUUUCCCUAUAAUUAGCGGGAUUUUGCGAUCAACCCCGUCCCAGAGGCCACGGGGAGCAAGAAUGGUGUAUCCUUCAGCUCUUAUCCUUUCGCCCACAAGAGAGCUUUCAUGUCAGAUACACCAGGAAGCUAAGAAGUUCGCCUAUCAAACAGGUGUCAAGGUGGUUGUUGCAUAUGGCGGGGCACCAAUCCAUCACCAGUUGCGGGAGCUGGAAAAGGGUGUUGACAUCUUAGUUGCAACACCGGGACGUUUGGUGGAUUUGCUUGAAAGAGCUAGGCUUUCAUUGCAAAUGGUUAAAUAUUUGGCUUUGGAUGAGGCGGAUAGAAUGCUGGAUAUGGGUUUUGAGCCUCAGAUUAGGAAGAUAGUCAAUCAGAUGGACAUGCCCCCUCCUGGUAUGAGGCAGACAGUACUUUUCAGUGCCACUUUUCCUAGGGAGAUACAGAGAUUGGCUGCGGAUUUUCUUUCGAAUUACAUCUUUCUAGCUGUUGGAAGGGUUGGUUCCAGCACUGACUUGAUAGUCCAAAGGGUUGAAUUUGUUCAAGAAAUGGAUAAGAGAAGCCACUUGAUGGAUCUUCUUCACGCCCAAGUAUCAAAUGGAGCACAAGGAAAGCAAGCCUUAACUUUGGUAUUUGUUGAGACAAAGAGAGGAGCAGAUUCACUGGAGCACUGGUUAUGUACAAAAGGGUUAUCUGCGACGGCUAUCCAUGGUGACAGAUCGCAAUAUGAGAGGGAGCAAGCACUCAGAUCCUUCAAGAGUGGUGCCACCCCUAUCUUGGUCGCCACUGAUGUUGCUGCUCGUGGUCUCGACAUACCUCAUGUUGCUCACGUCGUGAAUUUUGACCUCCCUAAAGACAUCGAUGACUAUGUUCAUCGCAUAGGGCGUACAGGUCGUGCAGGUAAGUCAGGGUUAGCAACUGCUUUCUUUAACGAAGCAAACAGCCCUUUAGCAAGGGCAUUGGCUGAUCUCAUGCAAGAGGCCAACCAAGAAGUGCCCUCUUGGCUCUCUCACUAUGCCAAUUCGAGAUCAAUGGGUUAUGGAGGAGGGAGAAACCGCAAGCCCGGUGGUCGGUUUGGAGGUCGUGAUUUUCGGAGGGGUAAUGACUACUAUUCUCACUCAUCAUACACUCCUCAUUCAUCAUAUGGUGGUGGCCCCAACCUGGGGGGUUAUUAUGCUUCUCCUGGCUACGGCGUUGUCGGUCCUGGACAUGCCAUGACCAGUGCGUGGGGGGAUUAGACCCCCAUGAUUUAGUAAUUCUUACUCUCUCUCUUCGUCUCUAUCUCUCUCUCAGGCCUAUUAUGGAGUUGGGUUCUGGCAAUGUCGUGACCGGUGAAUGGGGUCUGACCCAUGAUUAGGAAAAAGAAGAUAUCCUCUCUCUGUUCAGAUUAGGAAAAAGAAGAUAUCCUCUCUCUCUCUCGCUUUCUCUGGAAUUAUGUCUAAUGAAGUGAUAUUCAUAGACACUAGUAUUUUGGCAAUGAUCCUCUUUGCCCCUCGUUUAUUGGGGGAGCACUGGUGAUUCUAUAUUGACCACUUAUUUCGUUUACUACUAACUGGGAGUAUUUGGGGGGGAAGGGGUUUGGUUUUUUGUCCAUAGUCCAUACACAUAUCUUGUAUUAUGAAGAUGUUGAUAAAAAUGGACAAGAAAUUAAAUUUUGAACCAAAGA